GCGCGACUCCGCGCCGGUGGAUCCGAAACGACAAGCUCGACAUGAACGCCGCCGCGUUGACCGCAUCGCGCGUCUCGGGGACGAGCGCGAUUCGCGCCCCGCCCCGCCGCCGCGCCGCCGCGGUUCGCGCGCCCACGAUCGUCGUCUCCGCGGGGCGACGAGCGAGACGCGAUGCGCACGAAUCGGGGCUGGAAUCGGGGCGACGGGAGGAGCCCGCGUCGCUUCCCUCGCGCCGCGCCGUCGCGCUCGCGCCCGUCGCCGCCGCGCUCCUCGCGCCCCUCGUCGCCGCCGAUCCCGCGCGCGCCGACACCGAGUGCACCGAGUGCAGCAACAGCAACUCGUCCCUCGCGCCCGGGGACAAGCCCUUCGUCCAAUCCCCGUCGGGGGCCAGAUUCGCGGACCUGCGCGAGGGCACCGGCGCGACGCCCCAGCCCGGACAGACCGUCGUCGUCGAGUGGGUCGGGUACACCAGCGGGUACCAGGCCAAGAAGAUCGAGUCCACGCGCGAGACGGACGCGCCGUACGCGUUCAAGCUCGGCGCCGGCGAGGCGAUCCCGGCGUUUGAAGAGGCGGUUUCGCAGAUGAGAGUCGGAGGCAUCCGGAGGAUCGAGAUCCCGGGCGAGCUCGAGGAGAAGCUCGCGUACUCGAGGGACCCGAGCCAGCGGUACGCCGUCGGGCCGGUGCCGCAGACGCUGGGCGGGAGGCGGGCGCUGGACUUCGUGCUGGACAACAGGACGCUGAAGGAUUUCAACCGCACGCUGCUCUUCGACAUUCGCCUCUCCGCGAUCAGAAAGUAGUCUAUCAUUAUCAUUAGCGCCCACUUGUUUGUACCUUUCGACGACCGUCU